AUGGCCUAUAUUCUGCCAAAUCUUUCUCCAAAUCUGCUCCUGUCUAAAGAAAAAUACCAGGCCAUUGUUUUUCACCAACAAUCUUCUUCUCCUCCUCUUAUUUCUCCAUCCUUGGCGUCAAGUUCUUCUGUUAAUGAUCAGACAAAGCUUGAGCCGCCUCGGGGUCUAGCACAGGUGAACCGGAUACCAAGUGCUCAGGGUAAGAACCAGAAGGAUGAAUUUUAUGUUAACCUGGGUUUAGCUGUACGAACCCUUCGCGAAGACCUUCCUUUAAUCUUCAACAAAGACCUUAAUUAUGACGUUUACAGGGAUGAUAUAACGUUUGUGGAUCCUUUGAACACGUUUACUGGAAUUGAAAAUUACAAAUUGAUAUUCUGGGCAUUGAGAUUUCACGGCAGAAUUUUAUUUAGAGAGAUUUCAUUAGAUGUCCUUAGAAUUUGGCAGCCUUCUGAGAACUUAAUACUCACAAGAUGGAACUUGGAGGGCGUCCCUCGGGUACCCUGGGAGACAAAGGGACAGUUUCAAGGCACAUCGCGAUAUAAAUUGGAUAGGAAUGGGAAAAUUUACGAGCACAAGAUUGAUAAUCUGGCAUUUAAUUUCCCACAGCCAUUGAAACCUGCAGCUUCAGUUUUGGAUAUGGUUGCUGCUUGUCCAGCUAGUCCAAAUCCAACAUUUUUAUGGGGUCCAGUGGACGUGCAUUCGUCGUCUUGGGUGGAAUUUUAUAGGGCUGUGAAGGAGACGUUGGAUCGCCAAGGAUCGUCGAUUUCUCAAGAUUGCUUAGCUAAUUGUUAA